AUAUUGAGUGAAGGUCAGUGGUUUACUCCCAGUAAAUUUGAGAAGUUUGGAGGGAAGAAGAGGAACAGAAAGUGGAAGACCAGCAUCUAUUACCAUGAUGUUCCACUCCAGAAACUCAUAGAGGAUGAAUGUAUUUCAUGUCCAGUCUUGAAGAAAAGCAGAAAUCAGCAUGAAGAGAGUGAAUCUCGUGAAAGCUCACCUGUCGCUGACAGACUCAGAAAAACAGAGAGUGAAUCUCGUGAAAGCUCACCUGUCGCUGGCAGACUCAGAAAAACAAAGGCUAGGAGAAAGCUGUUUCCCUCUGACUCUGAAUCAGAAUACAGUGUUCACAAUGAGAACAAUCACAACGACAACAGUAACGAGGAUAUCAUUUACGUUACCGAGUUUAAAGAUCCAACCCUACCGGUUACUUCCAGCUCACUCACUGGCAAUGUACACAAAAACCGCUUUGGUAAAGACCAAAAGUUAAUUCCCUCUGACAUGGAAAAGGUAAAGGCCACAGAAACGAAACCAGCUUUAUCUCUCCAAACAGCCCUCAUCAGUGGCCCAACUUCUAUUCCAAAGAUCCCUCAACCUGACACUCUAUGCACCACUAGUACCUCCACAAGGUCCCCUGUGAAACAGCCGUCACCAACACCAUCACCCAGUCAGUGUAAUACAACUACCACCAGGCCCCCGGUUCCACCUAACCCCAGUGUCAGUGCCCCUGUGUCUGCCACUCUCCAAACAAGUGAAGACAUCCAAAGGUCAUCUACCUCCAUCCAGUCAGACAGCCAUGAAUCCCUACAAGAAAUAGAGUUAUUUGGCUCGGGGAUUGGAACUGCACCACCCACCAUAUUUUUGGAAGAGACAUCCUCUCAAAACAAAACUACUACAUCUCAAGAUCAACAACCCCCUCCUCCUCAGGACCAGCCGGCUGAGGAUAAGCAGCCUGGAACCUCAGCAACCAAUCUUACCAACAGGCAGGAGAGGCAAACACAAUCCUCUCAGUCUUUGGAGGCGCAUGAAGCACAUGCAGAAAAAAGGACUGCUGUGCUCAAGACCAUGGUAAGGCCUGGGUUGAGGAGAUGGCAACUAAAGGCAAAGCAUAGGCGAUCCUUUGAAAGAAACAUGAAGACCAGCAUGGGAACAAUUGUGAAAGAGCUAAAACAAAUAAGUAAACAUCAAGAGCAAAUUGUACACUUAUUACAAAACCAACCUCAAUAACAUUUUUCAAAAAUAAACUUUGCCUUUGACAUUCUAAAAUGUCUACUGCCUGUACAAAAUCUUCUCUGUCGUUGGAAUUUUUCUCAUCUUACACAAUUUUAAAGGACUAAAACAAAUGUUAGAAAAUAUACAGUACACUCUGGGGCUAUUGUGGGGAUUUCUGCCUGGAUUUGGCCUACCCAAAUUCAAAAGCUUCCCAUUCCCACAUGCAGAGGUUUACAUACAAAAGUUUGGUAUCAUUUUACAGGCAACUCUUUGAAAUUACAUAAAAAAUGGUUGAAAGUGCUAAACAUGGUUCUGUGUUGUCAGUCCUCUAAUAAACACAAACAUAAAAAGGUGCUGUAUUUGAAAGUGUAUAACUCUGGCCCUGAGUGCUCUAGAAACCUGAAAUACAAACCAAUUUUAGAGAAAACUCUGUUGUGAAUGUCAUGUCUGUGUUGUAAGAAGCACUUACAUUAUACAGUACAGUAUACAGCGAAUCAGACGUUAAUCAUCACUCUCGUCACCUUUCACAUCUCACCCGUCAUCUCCUCUUCUGGAGUCAGAAGAAUCUGAGGUCUCUUCGUGCCAUUCACAUCCCAGGCUUGCUCAACACAGCGGCAGAUUAAAACCUCAGACCAGCUCUUUGUCUUUUACGGUGGUCAGCAGAAAGGGAAAGCUGUCACCAAGCAGAGGAUGUCCCAUUGGAUUGUGGAUACGAUAGCCCUUGCAUACCAAAAGCAAGACAUUCCAUGCCCAUUUAAUUUACGUGCUCACACUACAAGAAGUGUUGCAUCAUCUUGGAUCUUCUACAAGUGACAGUCCAAGGGAUGCUGGAAUUGUUAUCGAGGCCUUAAAAGUGGGCAUGCUUUAUCCUCCUUGAAUUGGACUGGAUCUAUGCAUUGAAUCUCCAGUAUCCCAGGCAUCUAAAGUAUAUCUUUUGAGGUGUUUCAGAAACUUUUCUUGGAGCUGGAUUCUUCAAAGUUUAUAAACAGAUUACAGUACCUCAAGUCUAAACUGCUGUCUUAAAAUAAGAGGUUUUGAGUGUCAAUUAAUGUAGCAGAACACAAACAUGAAACCUUUUGUAGUUAGAAAGGUGGAGGGUUUUCUUUAAAGACUGUAAAGUACUUUUUGAAGUUUACAAUGUUACAAAUAUACAGUUAAAAAUGAGAUGCUUUCCUUG